AACCAAACCGCCUCUGCCAUGGCAACAAGCGGAGCUAACGACCUGUUCUUGUCGCUAUUAUUAAUUAGCCUGGUUUCGGCGGGCGACGUCAAGUUAAAGUACAAAGCCGCCACCAAGCCUGUGAGGUUAUUCACCGAGGAGGAGCUGAAGAGGUACGACGGAAGCCAGGAGGGAGAGUCCAUCUACAUGGCGGUCAAAGGGGUGGUGUUCGAUGUUACCAAGGGAAAAGAGUUUUAUGGCAAAAACGCGGCAUACAACGCCUUGGCUGGCAAGGACUCCACCCGAGCCGUAGCGAAGAUGUCCCUCGACCCCGAAGACCUGACGUCAGAUACCGUUAAUGUCCGCAUCACCACCAUGGACGCCGAGCUGGAGUUUUCCUUCCAUCCCAACACCACGGGGAAGCAGCUCUAUGACCAGGUGGCCAGGACCAUCGGCCUGCGCGAGACUUGGUACUUUGGGCUCCAGUUUGUGGACGGCAAAGGUUUCCUCAUGUGGCUCAACUCUGAUAAGAAGGUCAUGUCCCAAGACGUGAAGAAGGAGACCCCCCUGCAGUUCAAGCUGAGGGCCAAGUACUACCCGGAGGACGUGUCCGAGGAGCUGAUCCAGGACGUGACCCGGAGGCUCUUCUACCUGCAGGUGAAGGAGGACGUCCUGGGGGAGGAGGUCUACUGCCCGCCCGAGUCCGCCGUCCUGCUGGCGUCCUACGCCAUCCAGGCCAAAUACGGCGAAUACAAGAAGUCGGUGCACCACAACGGUUACAUGUCCUCGGAGCGCCUGCUGUCCCGCAGAGUCCUGGAGCAACACAGUCUGUCCAAGGAGCAGUGGGAGGACAAGAUCCAGGUCUGGCACGAGGAGCACGGAUGCAUGUUGAAGGAGGAGGCCAUGAUCGAGUACCUGAAGAUCGCCCAGGACUUGGAGAUGUAUGGCAUCAACUACUUUGAGAUCAAGAACAAGAAGAACACCGACCUGUGGUUGGGCGUGGACGCUCUGGGCCUCAACAUCUACGAGAAGGAGGACAGGAUGACCCCUAAGAUCGGAUUCCCCUGGAGUGAAAUCAGGAACAUUUCUUUCAACGAUAAGAAGUUCAUCAUCAAGCCCAUUGACAAGAAGUCCCCUGACUUCAUCUUCUACGCGCCGCGCCUGCGCAUCAACAAGCGCAUCCUGCAGCUGUGCAUGGGCAACCACGAGCUGUACAUGCGGCGCCGCAAGACCGACACCAUCGAGGUGCAGCAGAUGAAGGCUCAGGCCAAGGAGGAGAGGCUGCAGAAGAAGAUGGAGAGGGACCAGCUGGAGGGCGAGAAGAAGAGGAGGGAGGCCAUUGAGAAGGAGAAGGAGCAGAUGGAGCGGGAGAAGCAGGACCUGAUGAUGAAGCUCCACCAGUACGAGGAGACCACCAAGAGGGCCGAGAGGGAGCUCCAGGAGCAGCUGGACAGGGCUGUGAGGUUGGAGGAGGAGCGGAGGAAGGUGGAGCAGGAGGCAGCCCGGCUGGAGACGGAGAGGAUGGAGGCCAUCAUCGCCAAGGAGGAGCUGGCCAGGCAGGCCGAGGACCAGAUGAAAAGCCAGGAGCAGCUGGCUACGGAGCUGGCCGAGUACAGCGCCAAGAUCUUGCUGCUGGAGGAGGCCAAGCGGGUGAAAGAGGAGGAGGCGGACACGUGGCACGUCAAGGCUAAAGAGGUGGAGGAGAACCUGAUGAAGACGCAGGAGGAGCUGCGCAACGUGAUGACCAGCUCCAGCCCCGCCGCCGCCGCCCCGCCGGCUUCCUCCUCCUCCUCCUCCUCGGACAGCGAAAGCGACCACGAGCACAGCGAGGAGAACAGCACCUACAGCGCCGAGCUCCACACGCAGGGCAUCCACGACCACCGCCAGGAGGAGGAGAGGCUCACCGAGGCCGAGAAGAACGAGCGCCUGCAGGCCAAACUCAGGGCCUUGAGCUCAGAGCUGGAAGAGUCCCGGGACCAGAGCAAGAAGACACAGAACGACCUGCAGCACGCCGACAACGUGCGAGUCGGCCGCGACAAGUACAAGACCCUGCGCCAGAUCCGCCAGGGUAACACCAAGCAGAGGAUCGACGAGUUCGAGGCCUUGUAGGAAGGAGGCGGCCAGGCGUCACAAUACGAAUACCUCAUGAGGGGGAGGGCCUUGGUGAGAUCCACUUAUAAGCACUCAAAUGUCUUCACUCUUUUCAAACUAACAAUGUACUGUACAAAUGAUAUUGUCUUUAUGUAGUCUGGAGCAGCUGUUUAAUCCAAGAAAACUAAUUAUAUUUUAUUUUUCUUAUGAGCAAAUCUUUGUUUCUGAUCAGCCUCUCACUUAAUAAAAAGCUUAUCA